AUCGGGCUGGUUGUCGAUCGACCAACUGAUCGGAAUGAAACACUUUCUGCAGGUUGAACCCGGGUUGAACACGUACAGCUACCGCGAGCUGGGAAUGCUCGCCCGUCGUCUCGUUCUCUGUCCAGGUCGCUCGCUCACUCUCCAUCGUACAAUGUCUUCAAUUUAUGUUGUUCCCGUAGACCCGACAGCCCCCAAGGCUAUCCAAGAGGUCGAUACCGAAAAGUUGUGGUCUUCUGUUCCUGUCGGACCUAAACCUGCGAAAGUGGGAACCACGCAUGUUUUCUAUGGUGAUAAGAUCGUCGCUCUGUCUUCCCUUGGCGACAAGUUUGCGUCGAAGAAGCCGGUAGAGAAGAGAGAAUUGGUUAGGAAAGCCGUUGGCAGUGCGGUCAAGGAGGUCAGGAACAUUGGCGAGGGUGUCCAGGGCAAGGAAGUCGCUGUUGACAUUUCCCUUGACCCACACGCUGCUGCCGUCGCUGCUCAUCUGGCACUCUACAAUUUUAAUCUAAAGACCAGCCCUGAAUCUCUCUUUGACCCGAGAAAUAAGGAGCCUGUUCCCGAGAACCUCAAUCUCAAACCGCUCGGCGACUCGAAGGAGUGGAAUGAGGGUGUCAUCUACGCCGAGGCCCAGAACUUGGCUCGCACUUUGACUGAGUUACCUGCCAAUGUUAUUACUCCGACUGCUUUCACCGAGCGUAUCAAGGCCGAGUUUGCAGGCAUCCCUGAUACGACCAUAAUUGUUCGGGAUGAAGCCUGGGCCGCCGAGAAGGGAAUGCGUACAUUUCUUUCUGUAACAAAAGGAACAUCCGAACCGGCAAAAUUCCUCGAAAUUCAUUAUAACGGCGCCCCUAAUGACGUGCCACCGCUCGUCUUCGUCGGAAAGGGUAUCACCUUCGACUCUGGAGGAAUCAGCAUCAAGCCUGGCGCGGGCAUGAAGCUGAUGAGAGGCGAUAUGGGUGGCGCGGCUGCUGUGGCUAGUGCUGCACUUGCUAUCGCGAAACUAAAGUUGCCUAUUAACUUGGUCGUCCUUACGCCACUUGCUGAGAACUUGCCAGGGCCCAGUGCAAACAAGCCUGGCGACAUUGUCUAUGCCAUGAACGGUAAAUCUGUUGAGAUCGACAACACGGACGCAGAAGGUCGUUUGGUCCUCUCUGAUGCCUUGUACUAUGCUUCAACGGAGUUCAAGCCCAAGACUUUGGUUGACGUCGCGACCCUCACUGGCGCAAUGGACGUCGCCCUUGGAGAAGUCUACACUGGAGUCUUCACCAACAGCGACACUCUCUGGGAAGAACUAUACGCCGCCGGUGAACGUGAAUGCGACCGCUUCUGGCGCAUGCCGCUCUCAGAGGACUUCGGGCCCCAGAUCUACAGUUCUAAUGCCGAUUUGUGCAACACCGGUGGAAGACCCGGAGGUAGUUGUACAGCAGCGCUUUUUCUCAAGUCUUUCGUUGAAGGGGUAGAGCCCGCCGAGGAAGGUGAAGAACCGAAGGUUCGCUGGGCCCACGUAGACAUUGCUGGGACUAUGGAGGCGACACGACCGGGGCCAUACCAGGAGAAGGGUAUGACGGGACGAUCGACUAGGGCACUGAUUGAAUUCGCGAAGAGCCUCUCUCAAUAGUUGCUGAGUAGGUUCAGAUUUAUGGAAUUAUCAAGUAGAGCACAAGCAAAGAGAUGAUCUGAACAAAUACAAAUCGUGUAGGCUCCACGAGCUCUUAGACAACAGCAAGAUCAAAUAGACCACAAUCGCUACAAGAGUUGAUGUAUAAGUAAAAGAUGGAUUCAGGAGCAGCCUCAUGUCUACAAGACAGCUGACAACCUGUGAGUGCCGAUAAAUAUACCAGAGACCUUUGAUUUGGCCUUCGACACAAAGCGUUGUAGGCGACGUUUUAGAGAGGGGCAAGGCUUCGCAACGCGAUCGUCUGGGUCGCAACUUUCAUCAUGCGUCAUCUUCCCCUUGUUGAUGGCAAAUACCGACCCCAUCCUAACCUUUUUCCGUUCUCUUCCAUCUGUGUCGGCGUUCGUCGAGCUCUCAGAUGCGUUACGCUUCUUCCCGCGCCUCAAAGAUAGUCUUGAAAGUGGACGUGAGCGAACGUUGAAUGUAUUGAACCUUCUUAGCUUCAGGCUACCCGCGUCCGAUUGUGAAGGUUGGUUCGUAUCUAGAGAUUCGCUCGUUUCCCUGAUAUUCACUUUCGCAUAUUGAGAUCGAAGAUGUUUGAGGUUAGUCGAUACUGAGUCGUUUUCGAGCC